CCAGCCUCGGAUGCUCCGCCGUUGACCCGCCUGAAAAGCCAGGCGGAGAUCUCAGGCAUUCGCGAAUCGGCGCGCAUCCUCUCGGAGACGCUGCGGCUGGUCGUCGAGAACGUGGAGCCCCGCAUCACCACCGCCGAGCUCGACCGAAUCGCCCGGUCGCACAUCGAGGCGUGCGGCGCCCGGCCCGCGUUUCUGGGCUACCUGGACUACCCGGCGACGCUGUGCGUGUCCAUCAAUGAAGAAGUGAUCCACGGUAUUCCCGGCCGGCGCCGGCUGGCGGACGGCGACAUCGUCGGGAUCGACUGCGGCGUCGAUUGCGCCGGCUGCUUCAGCGACGCCGCGCUGACGGUGCCGGUCGGGAGCGUUGCGCCGAGGACCGCGUCGCUGCUGGAGGCGACGCGCGAGUGCCUGACGUUGGCCGUGGCCGCCGCGGUACCGGGCAACCGCGUCCGAGAUGUCGCCAACGCCGUGUACCGCUACGCCAGCGCCAAGGGGUACGGCGUCGUGCGCCAGUUCUGCGGCCACGGGGUGGGGUUCUCCCCCCACGAGGACCCGCAGGUGUCGAACUACCCGUCGCCCGGGAGCAAUCCUCGCAUCAUGCCCGGCAUGGUUCUGGCGAUAGAACCGAUGAUCACCGAGGGCACGUGGGAGGUGGAGGUGCUGGACGACGGAUGGACCGUCGUCACCGCCGACCGCAAGCGCGCCGCUCACUUCGAGCACACGGUGGCAGUCCUCCGUGACCGCGCCGAGGUGCUGACUACGCACCUGUGA